UCUAAAAAAGAAGGAUCAUUUAGAAGGAUGGUUGCUGUCGCACGUAUGGUUGUUCAUAGACAAGGCGUUUGAAAAUAUUGAGGGUGUCGAAGCAAUAAGGGGAGAAUCUUGUAGCAUUGCAUCAUCGUCUCGAAAAAAUAGAGAUCGAAAUGUUCCAUCUGUAAGCUCGAUGCCAAGGAAGAUCAUGAGUAGACGAGGAUAUUUAAUAAUUCGUUCUAUGUAUAAAGAAUAUGGAUGCGGAGAAGCGGGCAAACUUUACACAGGAUAUAACGGUACAAAAGUUCUACGAGAGAGAGGGUUGAAAACACCUAAAAUGAUGAAAGAUCAGUUCGAUGACUUAUGCAAAUACAUUGGAUCGAAAGAAAAAAAAUCAGAAGGCUUGAGACCAUCGGAUUUAUUCAUGCAGCAAAGGAGUUCUUCCAGCCAUUAUACAGUACUUGCAUGGAAGGCAAAGAAAAUUGUUAUCAAUGUCAUCGAGAUGAUGAAUGAAAAUGACGAGGAAAAUCAACUCCAGGCCCUCCAACAAUCAUGCGAGAACACUUUAUUUCUUUCUCCUUCACGGGAUGUAAUUUGUCGUACAGCCAGUUUUGAUACUCCACGUAGUAAGGAUAAAAAGG